CUAGCACUUCCCAAAUGGAUAUGUCACAAAUUUUUUAUUUCCAAAAACUUUAAUGAAUUAUCUAUCUUAAUUUCUCAAACACUUGUACUCAUUUGAGUUAUGGCUCCUCUAACAAAUUUGCAUGGAGUCUCCAAAACUUUAACUCCAAUUACAUGCCUUGUUCCAAAUGCACAAAGAACCUUUAAGACAGGACAAGUAGUAGUUGGAUUUCUUGGAAGCAAAACAAAGAAAAUAUCAGAAUGUGAAUCAGUUAACACUACAAGAAGAGCAGCUGCAAUAAGCCUUGUUUCUUUAGUUCUUACAGGACAAUUCAGUGAGAAGAUUUCACUGGCUAAGGAUAAUGGAUUUUGGAUUGAUGGACCUAUUCCAGAACCAACUGUCACUAAUAAUAUUGCAAAUGAGAAAACUGGGACGCGUUCUUUUAUUAAAAAGAAACUCUACAUGGCAAAUAUUGGAGCAAAAGGAAGUGUUUUAAGGAUCAAGAAAUAUGCAUUUGAUCUUCUUGCAAUGGCGGAUUUGAUUGCACAAGACACACUCAACUAUGUUAGGAGGUACCUAAGACUCAAGUCAACAUUCAUGUACUUUGAUUUUGACAAGGUUAUCUCUGCUGUCCCAGUUGAAGAUAAGCAACAAUUAACUGAUGUGGCAAACAAAUUGUUUGAUAAUUUUGAAAAGCUUGAAGAAGCUUCAAGGAACAAAAAUCUACUUGAAACACAAGCAUGCUAUAAAGAAACUGAAGUUAUGCUUAAAGAUGUCAUGGACAGGAUGACUAUAAUGUAUAAAACAAUUUGACAUGAUUUUAAUUAAGCUGUAUUUUUUACUCUUGUCAAAACAAUUUUGUGUUUUUGAUUGUGUUGAUUCAAGAUAAGGACGUUUUUACCUUGUAGAUAGAUAAA